CCUUUCAGGAAACACAUCCUGUUAGCAUUUGACUGCCGUGGCAGUGGCUCUGUUUGUUGCAGUCGGCUACGCCCUGAGGCUCACCAAAAACAGCCACAAAAACAACCAUUUCCUCUUAGUGAGAGACAGGGGAAAAAAAACUUCCUUACAGCAAAGGUUGUGUUCUCCAGCCUCUGCCACUCGCUGCUCUGACAUUCACGGAGGAACACAGAGAGGAGCAGAUUCCUCAGAAUACUUUGAACUUCCAGAGGUCCUUUAGGAUGAAAGCAUUCACUUCGAGUUUGGCUUGGCUUGGAGAAUGACAUUUCUCUCCGUUUGUGGGAUGUUCUGAAUUAAGUGUCUGGAAAGGCUUGCAGAGCUGCUGCUUGCUGCCGGUGCCUGAUUCCUACGUGAGUCCCUAUCAUCCCCUUGGUCUGCGCUCUGGAAGGUUGAGGCACCCUGUUUGCAAGCAUUCCAGCCUCCCUCAUCCCAGGGAUACCCCAGGGUUUACCACUUCAAAACUCUGGAUUCUUUCUGGAUUCACCUUGCCCUACAAGGAAUGGACCUCCCUGUCCUUCAGUUCAUCACAGGACUGGCUUUGCUCAUCAAAGUGCAGGAAGGUGGAUAAAGCACAGCUUGGGAGGACAGAGACCUACAAGCUCUCUUUUGCAUUCAUAUUUUAUGGAAUUCUCCUACCUACCUCACAGUGCUCUCAAUUGCUUGAUCAGAAACACCUUAGGAGUUGACUUUGAGAAUGAACGGUGAUGUCCUCUAGCCACUCAUAAACAUCCUACUGUAGCUGCCUUCCAUUUCAAGUCCUCCUUCAAUGUGCUGCAGCUGAUCAGGACCUCGGAUCUUCUGCAAUUAGAGACUGGCAGCAGCUGACAGUCAGAUAUGAUUGUCCAGAAACUGGUAGCCACAGCUGUGUUCGUAGCCCUGGUCUCACUUAUUCUUAAUAAUGCAGCUGCUUUUACUCCCAACUGGGUAUACCAGACCCUGGAGGAUGGGCGAAAACGCAGUGUGGGGCUCUGGAAGAUGUGUUGGCUGGCAGAGAAGGGGAGAGGAGGUGCAGGCACAGGUGCCAGACAUGGGCAAGGGGAGGAACGCCAGUGUGAAGCCCUGGGCUGGGGUUCAGAAUCUGCUGGGUUCCAAGAAUCUCGGAGCACUGUCAAACUGCAAUUUGACAUGAUGCGUGCCUGUAACCUAAUUGCUACAGUUGCCUUGACUGCUGGUCAGCUCAUUUUCGUCUUGGGGCUGGUGGAACUGCCAAUUAUUUCUCAGGAUACCCAGUGGUGGGAGGAAGCCAUAGCUGCCGUGUUCCAACUUGCCAGUUUUGUUCUUGUCAUUGGAUUGGUGACAUUCUAUCGUAUUGGGCCUUAUACCAACCUGUCAUGGUCCUGCUACCUGAAUAUUGGGGCCUGCCUCCUGGCUACAUUGGCAGCUGCCAUUCUGAUAUGGAACAUCCUGCACAGGCGAGAGGACUGCAUGGCACCCCGGGUCAUUGUCAUCAGCCGCACCCUGACUGCUCGAUUCCGCCGAGGGCUGGAGAAUGACUAUGUUGAGUCACCGUGCUGAGAGCAUGGGUUUGAGAGGGGAGAGCCCUCUGACAAGACUUGCAUUGGAAUUGUUUCUAUAAAUAUAUGCUGUAAUUUAAAACUAAGUUUUGAAGAAUGUCACAAAGCUCAUUUCUUGUGGAUAGAGGUCCUCAGUUAUUAUUUGGAUGGGCUUCAUCUAUAUACAUAUGUAUAAUACACAUAAUUUUAUAUAUUAUACAUUACUUUUUUCUCUCCUGUACAGUGCAGAAACAUAAGAUUGUCAUCAUGAUUAUCCUGAUGCAGUUUCACAGUUUUAAAUCUAGGGAUUCCAAUUGUGGCAGAGACAUACAGAGUAAUAGUAGUGAAGGUAUGGAAAAAGGGCAAUUGGGCUACAUUUUCUCCUUGUCCUGGAUGAAGUUAUCCUGCUCCCUAAUGAUAAUUCACAAAGCUCAGGAGCUGAGCUUCAGUAACAGUCCUCCUCUGGAACCAGUGAUGGACAGUCAGAAAGAUCAGGAGACUUGCCAUAUGUAUCAUAUAAUUUACAACAGCACAGUCAAGGAUUUCCUCAUCUUUAAUGUCCCCUCCCCCCCACCCAUUUUUAAGAAUAUUUAACCUGGCUGUAACAAUUUCUUCCUCACUGAAGUAUGGCACACAAGCUAUAAACCAAAAAGCAAGUAGCAUAAUGCUAGCCAUUUGUAAGUUAUGGGUGUGCAAAUUAAUUACAAUCUGUUGUUUUCAAGCACCUUUUAAUUUGCCUAAAAUAGAACCUUUUGGUUAAUUUUGCUGGCAGGUAGUGAUGCCAUUAACACUAAAGAGAGGUACACAGCUAAAAUUACCCACCUUCUGAACUAAAAAUGUACUCAGUUGUUUACAUUGUGGGCUGGCAUCUACAAGAAUGUUUACCUUGACAACCCAACAUUCCUAAAUGGCCUUAAUUUAUUUUGUUACAUAUGGUCGUUACACAUGAAAGCACCUUUUACCCUAAAGUCUCUUUUCUGAGCCCAUUUUUAAACUUGGCAGAACAUUUUUGAAUUUGGAUACCAAAAUUAGGGUAUUCAGUUCUGUGCUUGAGUGUUCAAAAUGACACAUGGAGCCUGAAAUAAAUACUUGACAGCAUUGAUGCCACCCAACUACAAAUUGGAGCACUUGAGAGUGAAAAUUAGGCAUGUAGGACGUGAUCUGGGCAGGUGACUCCCCUUAACUGCAAAAAUAGAGUUUGUAGGUGAAGGUAUUUGGCAUCCUGCAAGAUCAGGCCUUUAGUUUGUAAGUGCGACACUUUAGCCUGAUGGUUCAUGUCAACAAUGUGCAUUACUACAAGAUGGCAAACCAAUGAGAUGCCAACUACAAUACAGAAAUAGAUACAGGGACCAGAAGAGGGCUGGGGGUACUUACAUACAUUUUAAAGACUUCAGCAUAAGGUGUUACCUUGAACACACUAGUAAGACCUGAAUGACUGUGAGCUGUGAACAUAAUAAAACCUCUUUUUAAGGUUGCUGUGCUGCUCCUAGCUAAAUUCUUUGCUUUUUUUAUUGUGAUUGCCUUUAUAUUUUGCUUCACUUUGUGAUCAUCAAGCUGGCUCUUGAGUUCUGUUCUAAACCCAAAAUGAUGCAAGGAACCUAGCCCAAACUGUCACUCUGUACCAUGUCCAGAGUAAGUAAUGGUAUGAGCUUGAUGCUCUACAAUCAAGUACUUAUAAAAUUCAACCUCCCUCUUCUUUCUCUAGACAUCAGGGCAGAGUUCCACAUGGGUGAUAAAGCAUUUCUUUUUAUAGUAGGUUUGUAAAAACCAACUGAGGUUUGUUUCCAUUUGCCUGCCUUUCUGCAAAAGCUCUGUGUUUUCUGGAAAUAAAUGUGCUAUAAUUAAUUGCAAAGUUUUAAAUAAAAUAUUGGAAUAUUUAAAAGACAUUAUAUUAUUUCUUCUAAUAUUGCAAUAUCCAUAUUAUAAUAAUGUACAUUAAAUUUUAAAAAUCAGCUAUGUGGUCAGUAAAACUGUACUAUUCAGUAUUACUGUGUUUAUUUUCAAUGUAUAAAUAAAAUGGUGAAUUGAAUGUUCA